GCCAGUUGUUGCUUUCCAGCUGAAAUGCUCGCGCUAGAAUUAUCCCACGAUGUUUCCCGAAAUUGACGCGAAUUAUUCCGCAAACUGAGAACUUUUUUUUUCUCCAAGCUUUACUGUACCGGGUGAAUUAUGGAAUGGAUUACCUCCAUCGAUAAAAGACCUUGUGAUCGCAAUGUCAAAGAUGUGGAGUUAAUCUGUGCCAGACUACGCCGGGUGGACCAACUUUGCCGUUUGCCGAAUUCAGUUUUGCAACAGCUGGCAUUAUGCGGCUACUACGAAGAUUUGGAGAAUGGAGUUACGCUUUUUCGUCAAGGCGAUUCUGGGAAAUGCUGGUACGCGGUGAUGUCCGGAUCUCUAAGCGUAAGGGUGUCACAUCCAGAAGCAGAUUUGAAGAGUACUGUAACGCUAUGUACACUGGGGGUUGGGGCAACCUUUGGAGAAUCCAUCUUACAAGAUUUGCCUAGGGACACCACAGUGGCUACUCAAACUACUUGCGAAUUGCUUAGGGUGGAACAACAGGACUUCAAACUUAUUUGGGAUAAAAACAAGGAACUCAUGAACGAUUUCGUCUCGAACUACAAAUUGAAAAAUGGAUUUGGUUCUGGGCUUGCUGGAAAAGGCAUCAGCCAAUCAGCAUCGCCGCCACCCAGACGAUCGCUGUCACCUGACCAGCCGAAUCCAGCCGAACCGAUAACAGAUCAACCUAGUCAAUUGAUCGGGCGGAUCGGAUGGACUUUUAGGACUUUGCUUUUGUCACGAAAUACUUGCUUGAAAGAUCGAAAAGUAUCAGGACGGUGGGUCAGAAGAUGUGCUCCAGGAAUGGAAUUGGUAGAUUGGUUGAUGGAAUUAUCGCCCAGUUUACAUUCAAGAGCCCAAGCUGCGGGAAUGUGGCAGGCUUUAUUGGAGGAAGGCGUUAUCUCACAUAUUAGUAAAGAGCAAGCCUUCAAAGAUAAAUGUUUCGUGUAUCGGUUUUGGCAAGAUGAAGAGGGUACGGGAGCUUUGCCAUCAUCGGAAGACAUUGAAUCGGCGGAGGACCAGUUGCUGGACAACUUGGGAACAUUGAUAAAUAGGGGACCAGACGCUUACCUGCGAAUGAUUAUGAGAAAACAGAGCCACGAGCGUACUGCUGAAGACUUGGAAAUAAUUUACGAGGAGCUGCUGCACAUACGUGCAGUAACUCAUCUGUCAAAUUCGGUAAAAAGAGAAAUUGCCAGCGUUAUAGUUUUCGAAGCGCACCCGAAAGCUGGAACUGUGUUGUUCCACCAAGGCGACGAGGGCCGGUCCUGGUAUAUUAUAGUAAGAGGAUCCGUCGAUGUCGUUAUUCAUGGUAAAGGAACGGUGAAUACGCUCCACGAAGGCGAUGACUUUGGAAAACUUGCCCUGAUAAACGAUGCGCCAAGGGCCGCUACAAUUGUUCUGAGGGAGAACAACUGCCAUUUCCUCCGGGUCGACAAAGAGAAUUUUAACAGGAUCCUAAGGGACGUUGAAGCGAACACUGUUAGAUUGAAAGAGCACGGCAAAGACGUUUUAAUUCUGGAAAAAAUUACAACUGGUACCAAACAAGUAUUUUCUUCGCAUUUCAAAUAUACUGUGAUGGCGGGUACUCCGCAAAAAAUGUUAGAGCACUUAUUAGAAACUAGAUUAGAUGGCAGAGGUACCAUGGGCGGUGGCGACAAUUUUAUCGUUGCCACAGCUCAGGAUCCAUUUCUGGACGAUUUUCUACUUACUCACAUUGUCUUCCUACCCACGCACCAGCUCAUUGAGGCCCUCGACAAAUAUUAUAACAUAGAUUAUUCAAACCAAGACAAGGAAUUUAUUUUAGCAUGUAAAAGGAGAGUCGUCCAAUUUGUCUACAGAUGGGUCACGACAAUCCGGCAUCCGGUUUUCGAGGACGAUAUGGCCGUGGAAUUCCUAGACGACUUGGCGCAGACUUUGGAAAACGACAUCAUGCAAUUUAAUUCUUUGCAAGAAGAGGCCAGCUUGAUGCAUCACGUUAUGUCGCAGCUGAGAAGAUAUCAAGAAGACCGAAAAGCACACGAAGGACAGAAAUGGAAGUUGCCUCCCCUGGGACAGCCGAUAAGCCUCUUUAGCACCGGAGAUGACACUAACAGGACCAUUAUAAUGCCACAAGAUGAUAUUAUUUUCAGGGUAUAUUGUGCCGACCACACCUACUGUACGCUCAGACUUCCAGUAGAAAGUACCACGGAAACCAUUAAACUUGUGGCAGCGGACAAACUGAAAAUUCGAGAAGACGAACUUAUUCUAGUGGAAGUCAAAUCGAAUGGCGAAAGGGUGGUUUUCAAAGACAACGAUAUCAGUAUACCAACUGCUUUGUCGAUCAAUGGGAGGAUAUUUGUGUCCCCGAAGGAACAUUUGGAUGCUUUGACUUGUCUAACAGAACAAGAAGAGGCAACUCAAGGGAUCGAAGCGGAUAUCGAAAUGUUCGGAACUAAAGAAUUAGCAUACUACAUGACGCUGUUCGAUUGGGAUUUGUUUUGGUGUGUUCACGAAUAUGAACUAGUCUACCACACGUUCGGUAGACACCACUUUGGUCAAAUCACAGCAAAUUUGGACGUUUUUCUGAGGCGAUUCAACGAAAUUCAAUUCUGGGUCGUCACGGAAGUCUGUAUGAUGAGCAGCCUCAGCAAGAGGGUAGCAGUGUUAAGGAAGUUCAUUAAGCUAGCAGCUUACUGCAGGGAAUUUCAAAAUUUGAACGCAUUUUGCGCAAUUGUAAUGGGACUGAGCAACGUGGCUGUAUCCAGACUAUCCAAUACAUGGGACAAACUACCAUCGAAGUUCAGAAAGUUGUAUACAGAAUUUGAAUUGAUGAUAGAUCCCAGUAGAAAUCAUCGAGCUUACAGGGUUAGCGUCGGGAAACUGCAGCCACCAGUGGUACCGUUUAUGCCUCUCCUUAUAAAAGACAUGACUUUUACCCACGAAGGCAACAAAACCUCUUUGGAUGGAUUGGUGAAUUUCGAAAAAAUGCACAUGCUUGCUCAAACAAUGAGGACCAUUAGAUUCUGUAGGAGUAGACAUUUAGUUUUGGAUCCCCCAUCACCCAAAAGCGAAGGAGAAGUGAAGUCGUACAUAUCCUGCUUGAGGGUCAUCGACAAUCAACGGAUUUUAACGGGCAUGUCUCAAAAACUAGAGCCUAGGCGAUCGUAAAACAAUCACUAAAUCAUAAAAAAAAGUUUUUUUUUUAAAUGUAAAAAACAAGGUGAAAAUGCGGGUCGUUUUCAUCAAAACGUUUUUUUCCGUAUUUCAUUCUUUUUUCAUUUUCUAACAUUAAUGAAUUCUUAUGAAAAUUUUAUCCAAAAGAGAAGUAUGUAGAUGAUAAAAAAAAUAUUUCCCGAUUAUUUGAUAAAACUUAAAGGUAUCACCUCUGUUAGUAUGUACCAAGAAAAUUAAAUUAUCGUUGUAGGUAUAGUACCUAAGGAGGUAUGUUCCACGAUAACAACUAACUUUCUUGCCAAUAUUUCUAAAGUAAAAUUAGCUUAGAAUACUGUUUAAUCCAAAAUAAUUGUAAUUUUAUGAUCUGAUUUUUUUAAAUAAAUUUGUUUGGCGUCUUUCCGUAGGUUAGGUACUUAAAAAAACUUUGUGAAAGCAAUCAUGAAAAUAAAGACGCCAAAAACGCCGCAUCUCCCAUGUAAAUAGUAAAUUAUAAGGUGAAAAAGUUAAAAUAAGACGCACAUUAAGUAUUUUAUAGAGCACCUUAUUUUUCAUAUAUUAUAUAUAUACCUAUCUAUGUAUUAUUAAUCUGCAAAGAGGUUUAUUGGAUUUCUCAUAUUUUCUACCCUCAGAAAAGAAUCUAUCUUUGAACCUUUAAAAUAAUUUAUAUAAAAUAUUUAUCCUUAUUCUAGUAUAUAGGGCAUAUAUAAUAUAAUAACACUAAUAAGUAUCAUAUUUUCAGAUCUGUACCGAUAAAAGUAACAUGCAGGAUGUGCAAUGAUACGAUGGGCUCUUUCACUAAUUUUUAAAAUGCGCAUAAUUGGAUAAAGCAACUAAUAAUAAUAGAAUUAACUUUUGAAUUUUUUUUUUGAGAAAGCAAAUAAAAAAAGGAAAUCUCUAAAGAAGCACCUGCAAAAGAUCCCAUUAUGCUCUAAGCCCAGUUUGUGAUUUUCUUUUCAAUCAGAGCUAGAGCUGAUUUCGAUUUUUUUUAUUAUUGAAGCAAUCACGAGCACAAUAAGUUCAUAAUUUUUAUUAAUAAUUCAAGUCAAAUAUAUCCUAAUUAAAUAAGCUAUACCAUAAUGUAAUUUAGAAUAGAAAUAAAAAGCAAUAUUAAUCAUUUAUAGAAAUUACGCUAAGCCUUCCAGAAACUUUGAUAAUACCUUACCUAUUUUUUGAUUCUAUCCAAUUUCGAAUAUUGAAUAAUUAUCAUUUGAAAUAUCAAAUCUUGUCAUUCACAUUCGCAUAUGACUUAAAGCAAAAAUUUCAAAUUAACUUUUUUGUUUACUGUUUACUUUCUCCUAGAAAAAUAAAAGAUUUCCCAAUAUUAUUGUUAAGACAAUCAUUCAUAUUAAUAUUGAUCUUGCAAAUGUUUUUAAAAGCAAGAUCAAUCCCUAGUAAUGUAGUUCGUAACUUAAUCAUAAGGAUUUUCAAUCAUUAUCAAACCUAUCAACACAGAAAAAAAAACUUGCCUAAUUAACGUCUUUGAAAAAUGUUUAGAUAUUGAUUUUGACAAUUAUACAACAAACAAUGAUUUCGCUACUUUUUGCAUACCAAAUAAUUUAAUCAGAGGUGAAAUAUGGCCGAACAGAACCAAAAAAUUUUAUUUGCUCGCCUCAUCGAUGGCACCCACUUAGAAAUGAAAUCAAAAUUGAGCGUCGAAACAAAAAAAUGUCAUAUCUGAGAUGCUCUCAUUUCAGAGAAACAAUUGUGCCGCCAGAUUUUUGAUUGUUAACAAAUAAUAUAUACAAGGUGUUUCAUAACUAUACCGACAAACUUCAAAGGGUGUUUAAGCAAUUUAAGGAACAUCAACAAAAAGGUAUUUUGCUCUAUAACGAUACUUAAGUCUAAAAUCAAUCCAGAGACUUGCCCUGUGAGCACGCCCAUGGAAUUACAUUAUCAAUUGACAGGAUGUCUGAUGAAGGUAGUAACAAACUAUGAAAAUAUCAAUAAACUUGGCUGAAGCGUUUUUUAGAUAUUAAUAAGAAAACGUUUUUUUUUUUUUCGUCUUUAACAUCCUGAAUCAUGAAGCCUAUUGGAACAUUUUUGAUGUUCCCUACCUAAAAAUUUGUCGGUAUAGUUAUGGAACACCCUUCAUAUUAUUAAUGCUAUAUGUUUAUCAAUGAUCAAAUUUCAAUUUUGUUAAAUAAGCCAAGAAACAAAAACUUGUAAUAGAAGAUUCAGGUACUAUUUUUCCAAACAGUAACUAGUAAGGCCACGGAAAAAUAACUGCUUCGCUUUAAAAUUAUUUUUAAUCUUAAUAAAGCUGCUAUCAAAAUUUCAGUGAGAUACAUUGUCAUUCUGAUUAUACCUUAUUGGUUUUGUAUGUGUUAUUUCAUAUUUCUUUAUUACUUGUCAGAUUGUAUAAGUCAUAGUUAUGCUCAUUUUGUCCUUACUCUUCCAUUUAUAAUAUGCUCAUUUAUGAAUUGACGUGAAACUAUAUAGGAAAACUCUUUUGCAUGCAAAAUGACAUUUCAGUAUAUAUCAAUUCCUCCAUGAUGUGAUGUACCUUACCAAAACAAAAUGUAGCAAACUUUUUAAUAUACUUAUUUCAUGGAAUA